AUGGCGGGGCCUUCAGACCAGGUCGCUCAGGUGCCACAUCAAAACGACUGGCUCCCUGGCUCCCAGAUGAAUUCUGAGACCACAAAGUCUGGAGGGACCCAGAGCAACUCUCCGGUUGGCUACAAGACUGAUGAAUUGCAGCUUUACACUAAUGUAAAUGACAGGAUGGAGGCUAGUGGUUCCUUUUAUCAGAAGGUGAACAAGAAAUUGGAGACCAAUGUUAAUCUGGCCUGGACAGCAGGAACUAGUAACACUGACUUCGCAAUAGCAGCCAAGUAUCAGAUGGACCCUGACGCCUAUUUCUCCACCACAGUGAACAGCUCCAGCCUGACAGGGUUAGAACACAUUCAGACCGUAAAGCUAGCUGUCAGACUGACUGUGUCAGAGUGA